AUGAAAAUUAAUAAAAACAAUUAUUUUAAAAUAAUAAUAUUUAUAAUAUAUGUAAUAAUAAAUUUAAUAAAUGCAUCUGAUAAUGUAAAAUUAAGUAAUUGUGGACAAGCAAGAGCUGAACCAACAUUUAAACAAUCAGAAAAUGGUGGACAAUGUCAAUUACCACCACCAUCAAUAGGAACAGCAGCAUUAUCAUUAUCAGCAUUUAAUGGUGGUGCAAGAUGUGGUCAAUGUUAUGAAUUGACAGGACCGUUGGGUAAAACUGUGGUAAUGGUUACUGAUGGUUGUAAUUCUGGUGAAGCAUGUACACAAAAGGAUUUAUUUAAUUUUAUAAUUUCAAAUAAAGAUUUUGAUAAAAUUGGUAACUCUUCAUCUUAUGUAAAUAUUUAUUCAUUAGGUUAUCAAGAAGUAUCUUGUGGAUUUCUUGGUAAUAUUAAAAUUAAAUUUGGUGGUUCAUUAGGUCACAAUGGUAAAGUUGACUAUUCAUAUUAUUUCACUGUUUCAUUUUCAAAUUUUAAUAUUGGUAUUAAACAAGUUCAAAUUUUAGGUACUGGUAUGGUAUCUUAUAUGAAAUUGAAAAGAAGUUUAGGUGGAUUUACAUGGAAUCAAGAGAGUGGUGGAUCAAAAUUACAAUUUCCUGCCACAUUGGUAUUGACAGGUGUUGACGGUCAAAUUAUAUCAUAUAAAUUUAGACAACCUCCUGCAAAUAUUGCAAUUGAUAUGAAGAAACAGUUUAUACCACAGGUUGGAUUAUUAUCAUCGAAAUUCAAUCAAUCGGAAAUUUGUGGAAUGGGUAAUGUACCAGAAUAUAUCUAUGAAGAUUCAUUGACAUUUGGUUGGAUAGUAUCAAAUAGUUGGAGAUUCAAUGUAUUCAAUCUUUCAUCACAAGACACCGACGAUAAUCCAACACUUGGUGAGAGUGUAAUUAAGAUGGAUUUGGCUGCAAAUGGGGGUUUGGCAUUCACCAGAGAAGGUGGGUUUCAAACAAAGUACUUGGAAUCGUUGAAAGUGAUGAUCAAAGUGUUACCACCAACAAAUAGUCUACAAUGUUUUUUCGGUGCUUCUGGUAUCUACGUUAUCCCCGGGCCAUUGGGCGGAGAUUGGCAAGAGAUCUCAAUCCCGAUAUCAGUUUUGAAACCACAAAAAGUUGAAUACUCAUUAUCAUUCUACAAUAACCAAGGCCAAUCGAUAACAAUGUGGAUUGAUAAUAUUAAAUGGAUUUUUUCACCAGAGGCCCCACCAACACCUCUAAUAAUAACUGAUCCUACUGUAACCCCACCACCACUACCCCAAUCGAUUGUAACUGCUGCUGCUGGUGUUGUAGGUUUAAAUUCAAUUGGUAUUACUUCAAAUAAAGGUGGUGUGGCUAAUUUAGUUGAUGGUAGUAGUAAUGAUGAUGAUGGUACUGGUGGUACUGGUGGCGGUGCUUCAAAUAAAGUUGGUAAAAGAGUUGAUGGUGAAGAUGGCGAUAAUUUCAUGGGUGGUAAUAAUGCUUUCUCUUACUAUAAUGAUGAUAAUUCUUCAAAUAUUUUAUUAUUCUCUUUUAAUAUUACUUUAACAUUUUUAUUAUUAUCUUUAAUUAUUAAUAUUUUAUUAUUGUUAUUUUAA